AACACGGUGUAUUAUUACGGUGGUGAAUUAUUAAAUAAUUAAAUAAUUAAAUUAUAAAUAAUUAAAUUCUACGUUUGAUUCACAGAAACGAUUGAUUAUUAAGGACAAUAUUUAACGAUCGGUGGCACCCUUUGCUUGGUACUGCAAUGCGACUGGUAUGACACUUGAUCCAUUUAACAGAAGCAUCGUUAUGGGAUCGAUAUUUUAUACUAGAUAACACCUACCAGCUUGGAAAAGUUAACUUUUCUGAUAAUCGUGGAGACACUUCACUGCCACUUAUACAAAUUUAACUUUUAACGGAACAACUGCCAGCUCUAAGUCUUCCAAUUUUCUAUAGACGUUUUCUCGUUUCUUGAUUAUUCUUCGAUAUAAAUUUAUCGUAAAUAAUUGUUUUUAAAAAAAGAAAAAAAACACAAAAAUCGUGAGAAAAUGUGGCGAGUAGUAGUAGCAUGCUCAGACGAGAACAGUACGCUCUUGUCAUCGGACAUUACUUCUGGUGCAGUAGGGCCAACACAUUUACCGUCCGGUCAUCAUUGGGGUUAUCCACCACCACCUCAUCACCAUUACCAACCGCAACAUCCCGACAUGCGUCAUCAUCACGAUAUGAGACCACCACCUCCUGACCUUCGUCAUGCACCACCACCACCGCCACCACCGCCACCACCACCUUCUAACAUUAACGAUAUCAGGAAUCACGAAAUGCAAAGACCCGAUCUUAGGCAUCAAGAGAUGCAAAGACAUCAGGAAGCACAAAGACAUCAGGAUAUGCACAGAUCGGAAAUUGUCAGACAUCAGGAUAUUCGACACAAUGAUGUCAGGCAUCAGGACAUGUCUGGUAUGAGACCUGAUAUUACAGAAAUGAGAUCUAAUCACGAAUAUUCCGAUAUGAAAAUGGAUGAAAUGAGAUCCCAAGAUGCUAAUCAACAACAGCAGCAACAGCAACAACAGCAACAACAAAAUCAAGCUCAUCAACAAAGGAAUCUCAAAAGAGCUAUGAGCGAUUCGGAUUGUGAUGACGUGUUUUCCGAAGAAAGUGGUAAAGAACCAUGCAAUUCACCCGGAGGUGAUUCCUGUCAGCACGCAUCACGAAAACGGAGGAGAGGAAUGAUAGAGAAGAAACGUCGCGACAGAAUAAACGCAUCCCUCGGAGAACUGCGAAGAUUGGUGCCUGCAGCAGCUCGAGACCCUCACAGUGCGAAAUUGGAAAAGGCUGAAAUACUUCAGCUUACCGUUGAACAUUUGCGUACUCUUAGAAACAAGGGACCUGACGGAUACGACAGUACAAAGUUAGCUAUGGAUUAUCAUGCUGUUGGUUGGAGUGAAUGUGCCGCUGAAGUUGGUCGUUAUCUCGUAACUAUGGAAGGUUUAGAUGAAAGGGAUCCAUUAAGGUUACGACUCCUUUCACAUCUUCAAAGUUUUCAUCGAGAACAUCCUGCCGGGCCGCCACCUUCAACUGGUGUUCCUGGUCCUGCUGUACCUUCGGCAACAACAUUAACAUCAACCUCAUCAGCCAGCAACUAUGAACCACCUAGCAGUGUACCCACUGGUAUGCCACCAGGAACUGGUACUAUGCCACCACUUAUUGGUGGUGGUGCAUUAGGUUGGAGCCAAUAUCCUACGCAAUACGCACAACAACAAGGCAAACCUUACAGACCAUGGGGUGCUGAACUUGCUUAUUGAGGAUAUGAUUAUUUAGGAGAAACUAUAUCUUUUGAUAUUAAUUUAUAAUUUAUACAUUUUUUUUUCUUUAUAGGUUAGGCUCAUUUGUUCAUUUGUUAACACAUUCGCGACCGCUGACGUGAAUUCACGUCUUUUCAAGUUCUAUUCCUAGUUGCCGCUGACG